AUGGUUCCAACUAAGGAGUCAUUAAUCAAGAAGAUGCUGAAGAGGGUUCGAGCCGAAGGUGGAGAGUGUGUUCAAAAUGGUGGAGAACAUAUCAAGAGAAGGCGUGUGGAACGUGAAAAUUGUGUGUUCCGUGGGCAGUCUAAGAGUGAAAACUUUUCCAAGCUAGUUUUAGAUACUCUUCACCAGUAUUUGAUUGCAGAUUUCCACCCACUGCUUUCAGUCUCCCUCUUUCAACAGGUCAUUCCUUGGGGUGAUUUGGAUUCACUAGCAAUGCUACAAAGGCCAUUAGAUGUCGAUAUCCUUGUAACUGGUCGCACCUAUCAGUUCAAAGCAUACAAGCAUGAGGGUGGUGUCGUCAUAAACCCUGGCUCCCCCACUGUUGCAUAUAGUAGUUUCACAUACGAUGUAAAGCCAAGCUUUGCGUUCAUGGACAUCGAUGGCUUGAGCAUUGGGGUAUAUGUGUAUGAACUGAUUGACAAAAUUGAUUUUAAGAAGACAGCCACCAGUGGUUCAGCACGUAACCUAUUACUUUGA